GAAGGAAGACGAAAGAAACGAGAAAGGUGGUGUUGACGAAGGCAAGUUGAAGUCCGAAGGCAAGUUGAAGUCCUUGAAAGGAGAAGAGCUGAAGCACCCGGUCCAAGGCCUGGAGAGAGUUGCAGCAGCAGCAGCAGCAACUGCUAGUGACCUAGUACUAGAUCUUCAACAUCUUCAUGUGCACGACGCAGCAAAAGAAUGCCUUGAUAGAGUGCUUACCUAUUUAAGGUCAACAUUUACAUUUAGUAGUCUCCAUCUUGUUUCUCAGCAUCUCGCCAGGACCCUUCUCCCUUCUGCUUGUUCAUGCGAAACAAAGAGGUCGAGGAGAUGAGGGGGUCGAGAUGAUUAAAGGCAGACUCUAACCUAUGACGCCUCUCCACUAGUCUCAAAUGACGGAAAUGACGGACAAACGCGACGCCGCAAGGAGUAUCUUCGAUUCAUGAGAGGCGAACCCAACGCAGCCGGGGAAGAAAUGGAAGGGCCUGCACAGUUUACAACUCAUGCGCAUGAGCAUUUGCUAGAGUUAAGGCUUCCACCUCAAAAACAAAUUCAUCUUGAAGGGCAUGCUGUUUGGCAAGUCCACGUUUUCAAGACCAUCGUGAACGAUGGCAACAGGGACUACGUUGUUCACCUAGGAUCAAAAUAAUGGCAGUAGCGGCUGCGUCUGCGACAUUUGAACUAAUUAUAUUUUGAAGGGGAAAUAAGAUGAAAGGUCAAGGAUGCACCUCAGGUUGAAUAUUUACACAGUCUAAUAGGAGCCUGGAUUGAAGAAAACAAAGUCAAUCCUGCUGUGGGAUCUGAGGUACCGGAAAAAAAUGCCGUAGCAGAAGCUCUAAGCAAAGCCGCGGAACAUAGGAGGGUGGCAGAAAAUGACCUGUACAAUCCAGAUUUAUGUUGGCAACUUAAGCUUCACAAGUCGUUGCUCACGUCGAUAUCUAAGAGUGGAAGAAAUAUCGAAAUUUCGUACACAUUUAGUUACACAUGCGUAGACCUCCACCUCACCUUGUUUGGACUUUUCUCGCUGCACCACGUUAGUUUUUUUUUGAAUUUUUUUUCGGAUUCUUGGUAUUUUUCACCUACAAGCGACCGCUUCUCUUCUAAUCCAAAAAAGUGGCGCAGCAUUCUUCACCGGGAUUACCUUGGUAUUAGCCUUGUUAGGAUCUGCAUUGCAGAACCAACUGGAUAGAGACGCGACAACCGAUGAAGCUUAUCGGAAAAUCGCCCCAAGAUUACACGCCUAUUUGCUCAUUUUACAUUUAUGAUGAAGAUAAUACGUGAUAUUAGUUACAACCUCUACUGUUGUAUUUAUACUGCUUUAUCGUUUUUUCUCUUCUACAAGCUUUGCUCGUUUUCAACAGGUACGGGACAAGAACUAGGGGAUCAUCAUUAAUUUAUAGCCUAUAACCUAUACAUAGAUUCCUAGGUAGGUCCCGCGACUUUAUGAACUUGAAGCAAAGCAACCUCCUCGCCGAAACCCCGGUACUAGAGUACCAGGUACAGCGGUCUCGUAUGAGCCUUUGAGGCGAAGCGGUGGACCUUCCUCUUCUAAUUUCUGCCAACAUAGCGAGGACCCUGAUCGCGUUUUUCUCGGUGCCUCUGUUAAGGCUAGUUUUUGACUAUCCCAUACGGACUAUAGAUGCUGAGUGAUUCACGCGAUCCCUGCUUUAGAAGGGGAAAGCGAAGGGGGGAGAUGUCCUCUUUGCUUUUGCCUUGAUGGUUCCUAGACGAAGAGGAACUACUCGUAGUGAUUCACGCGCCCCCUGAUUUAGAAGGGGAAAGCAAGAAUGGGGAAACAAAGAGGGGGGUCUACUCGUACUAGCAGAGAUAACCCACUCAACCAGGGAUAGUGAGAGACUAGCGCUAACUCUGGACGUGGAGGCUAUGCAUUCUCCUGAGUUUGAAACCAUGGCCCCUCGAACAGCACAUGUCAAGGACAUCGACAGGAAGUCCAGGAAAGAAAGUCACGCACGAGAGAAGGCUUUUCUUUAAGGCAAGAACCAUGUUGUUUGAGUCUCAUUGACAAGAACCAUGUUAUUCAUUGUUUGACAGGAACCAACGUGGCCCAUUUGACAAGAAGCAACGUGCUCUCAUGCUGUUUGACUGCUCAGUAAGGUAUAGAUACGUAUCACACAUUGACAACAGCUUGAGAUGAAGAACUAUUUAAGAUGAUGUUGCACUGAUGAUGAUGAAAACAAUGCUCAAAGCUAAGUACCUCGUUCGCAGCGUGAAACUCGAACUAGUAGAUUGCGAUGCACCUCCUUUGCUACUUCUUGCCUCUUGUACCAAAAAAUUGACUCAGGCGGUAGUCCAGGAAACUAUUCGAAAACUUCUCAAAGUAAGCGAGUUACUGACUGAAAUAAGAGAGUCUUGUUGACUACUUUCCUCUUCUUUCAGUGCUAUCUCCCUUGCGAUUUUCACUAUUUACUUCCACGCCUCCUUCACCUUCUCGUUCUGCCCACCACUUCUCCGUCCACCUCUAAGCCCCACGCGAAUAUAUCAAGCUCGGACGCGAUUUGGCAAGCAAAGAUAUAACUGAACAGCUUUUUCAGGCUUUACGGACGCCUAGCAAAUCUGAAAAACUGAGGAAGUCGGGAGAGAAGAAGAAAUUUCUGGAACGGGAAGAAGAGGGUAAGAAAGACGUCCGUCGUUUAGAACAAACCAGACUUCUCGAGUCCGAUGUGUGGAAUACGCAAGUGAGGGACAACAUUUAAGGAUGAACUACAAGGAUAUUAUCAUGGUGAAGAUGGUUUCUUUUUCUUAGUACCUAUAGUUAUUUAAUUCACCGUCAUAAUAAGUCCUUUUUCUUGCUGUUGUGCCACACAGGCAUAUUGAUACUGGGUUUGGGACUGCAGAGAUCUUCUUGUGGCUCGUUAAAGAUCCCCAUAGUACGGGUAGUGCCAUGGCACCCGUAUUAGUAGUAGGGAUGCCGUGACAUAUUCUCCUUCCCGUCGCCUUCCUCUUGCCUUACCCCUCGUCUUCUUCUUCCUUAUCCUCCUUGUACUUCUGACAUCAAAAAAAUUGUUUUCAAGACCCUCCCCAUCCUUUUACUUCUUCUUUUUUCCCUUAUCCUCUUCUUAUUCUAAUCUCUCUUCAAACCAGCAAUGCAGUUGUUGAUGAGCCACCCCUUACUGAUGUACUUGAGGACAACGCCAUCGCCGCCAGAGAAAACGUUGAACGUGUUUUGGAAGUUGCUGAGAAAACAGGAUUACACCGGAAACUAUGCUGGUAUUGGUAUAACAGUUUACUUUACUAUAUCUGCAAGCGGUUUUGGUUUUGAUAGGUGUAAAUCUAGUGUACCCAGCACAACAAGGAGCACUACGUUCUUCGCUCCAAAGCUUAUUUUACUAUAUCCACAACUUCUUCUAUGUGCAGUAAUAUAGGACGACUACUACUGGAAACUUUAAAUGAAAGGAUCUACUUCUCUUGCUUAAGUAUAUUACACCUACUUGUCAAAAGGUUAAGUGAGAGUGACUAGAUGAACUUCGAGUAACGUAAUCCAAUAUGAGUGAGUGCGCCCUCACUGGGCUGGUGAAUUAGAGUGUUACUCGAACUUGUUGACCUUACUCCUGGAGCAUUCGCUCUGUGAAAAAAUUGCAUACUCGUCCCUCCAUACGGCUACGUCUUCUACCAACAAACGCGCUCAGGUGGCAUAGCCGAUUUGGAUAUCCAAGGUGCUGGGGAACCGCAGCAACCAAUGCAGACAAACGGGUCACUUCCUAGCUUGUCAGAAGGUUUGGAGGACUACGUGCCGAACUUCGACCUAAUCUUAUGAAUACUCAGUAUAAUGUUGGUUCUUCCUCGUGCUUCAUUUAAUAUAAGGUUUGUGAAUAUGAGCACCUCGGAAUUACUGGUUUGUUCAUCCUAAGGUUGUGGAUAUGUUGUUCAUCCUCAUACUCAGUAUCUCGGAAUUACUGGGUUGUUCAUCCUAAGGUUGUGGAUAUGUUGUUCAUCCUCAUACUCAGUAUCUCGGAAUUACUGGUUUGUUCAUCCUAAGGUUGUGGAUAUACUGUUCAUCCUCAUACUCAGUAUACUGUUCCUCCUCGUGCUGCAUCUAGAAAGUGUUCUUUGUGUUAUAACGGGUACGGGGACGGGGUAAGCUAUUUCUAUAGCAUGGCUGCUAAUAGACACCUUCAAAGAAAAUGAACCUACGACCAGCCUCUAAUUAUCUACAAUAGUAUACUCGCGCAACGGUGGCCGCUGUUCUAUCGGGUGAGAUUGCUGGGCAACAUGAAAACCGUCAUGCCCAUAAUAUCCGACAAAUCGUGGUCGGAGGCAAGCACAUUUGGGAUGUGGCAAGCGUUUAGAAUUUAAGAAAAAUCUGCAAACGUUUCAGUGUUUUAUUGCUGCUUGUUCUCAUCUUUAUUCAAUGGAGUACUUAUAAUCUUCUCCCUCUUCUAAGACCUAAACAACGCAUUUCUUGGCAGAGUAGGCCAG